CCCCCGCAUCACCUCCCAGUAUCUGUCCAGCCGCCAGCGUCUAUUCUUCUUCCUUCCUUUUUCUCUCAACCAUCAUCAGCUGGCGGCUUCCAAUCUACCUGUUCAUUUACCAUAUCUUGUCGAUAACAUCAUUGACAUACAUAUGAAGGGUCACCCGGUAGAACCGGGAUUUCAUAUUUAUUUGUUUCUUACAUUUCUGUUAUAUGUCAUGGCGCACAUGGUCGGUCCGGUUCGGUCUGUUUUUCUUCAUGUUUUUCAUCAUUUCAUUUGCACAUUUUCCAUGUACUUGUGUGGACAAAGAUGGCCUAUAUACACAACAAGUCAGAUAUGGUUACCACACCAUCUUACCAAUAUAGAUCCAAUCAAUCAAUUCCAUAUCCCACAACGAAAAUAACAAUAACCAACUUGCAACGUUACCUCAUAAAUGACACGCAUAGGCACAUACCUAG